AUGCGCCUUUUGAAAUCUGAAAAUCGUGGUGAGCCUAGCCUGACCAAGGACUUGAUCGAAGAUAUUCCGAGCUACGCGAUACUUUCGCAUACCUGGGGAGCGGACGAGGAGGAGGUUACUUUCAACGAUGUGAAAGAUAGAUCUAGCAAGAGCAAGGCUGGUUAUGUUAAGAUUCAAUUCUGUGAAGAACAAGCUCGGAGAGACGGUCUACAAUAUUUCUGGGUGGACACAUGCUGCAUCGACAAAGCAAACCAUACCGAGCUCUCAGAAGCCAUUACCUCGAUGUUUCGCUGGUACCGUGACGCAGUAAAAUGCUACGUGUACCUGUCAGACGUUUCGGCUCGCAAGCGCGACAAUAAUCAGACUAAGCGGACGUGGGAAUCCGCCUUUCGCAAAAGCAGAUGGUUUACACGGGGGUGGACGCUUCAAGAACUCCUUGCUCCGAAAUCAGUUGAAUUCUUCUCGCGAGAAGGAGAGCGGCUAGGUAAUAAAAAUACGCUCGAGCGGCUGAUUCAUGAGACGACGCAAAUUCCUGUUGUGGCCCUCCACGGCACCCCUUUGUCUAAUUUCAGCGUUGAUGAGCGGAUGCGAUGGACAGUGAACCGCAACACCAAAAGGAAAGAGGAUAAGGCGUACUGCCUUAUGGGGAUAUUCGACGUCUCCAUGCCCCUGCUAUAUGGCGAGGGGGAGAAAGCGUUUCUUCGACUGAAAGAUGAGAUCGAUAGGUCUUCAAAGGCUAAGCCACGGCCUUCCCCUCCUCCCUCGGUCAUCAUUCCCUUCCGCCGCGAUCGCGAUUUUGUCGAACGCGAGGUCCUGAAUGACAUUUGGCAACGAGCCUUCGAACCGGCGGCACGCAUUGGACUUGUGGGGCUUGGGGGGAUUGGGAAGACACAACUCGCGAUCGAGCAUGCCUAUCGAGUCCGAGAGGACGAUCCUAAGACCUGGGUGUUCUGGGUUCACGCAAGUAGUGCGGCCCGAUUUGAAGAGAGCUAUAAGAAGAUUGCGGAGCGGGUACAGCUGGCCAGGUGGGAUGAGCCGAAAGCGGAUGUGUUGGGCAUGGUCCACGGAUGGCUGUCAGAUGAGAACAACGGUCGAUGGACGAUGGUGGUGGACAAUGCGGACAGUCGCAACGUGAUGUUCGAGCCAUUAGAUGGCCGGACCAUGACGCAGAAAGCACCCUUACUAUCCUCGGCACUCUCCUCGUCGUCGACAGACCACUCCUUAUCAGACUAUCUUCCGUCGUCGGCCAACGGGUCGAUUGUGAUCACAUCGCGCACUCGGGAGGUUGUGGAAGGACUGAUUGAGUAUGCGGAAGAUAUCUUCGACGUGGGUCCGAUGGACGCCGAAGCAGCGGUGACGCUUCUCAGGAAGAAGCUCAAGAAAUAUAGUGGAGGUAUCGCUCAAGACGACUCGGUUCACUUAGUUCGCCAGUUGGACUAUAUACCGCUGGCCAUUACUCAGGCCGCCGCAUACAUCAAUCAACGUGCCCCACGCGUCACUCUGUCCACGUACGUCGAGACCUUGGAGAAGAGUGACGCCGACCGGGUCAAACUCCUCCAGAUGGACAUUCGAGAUCCACGGCGAGACAGGUGGGCAUCCAGCUCGAUUAUUGCGACGUGGCACAUCUCGUUCGAACAUCUCCGGCAGGCACGGGACUCGGCGGCACGACUCCUCGCCCUAAUGAGUCUCUUCGAUCGCGAGGGGAUUCCGGAUCACCUUCUUCGUGAGCGAUAUAUAGAGAAUCAGGAUGGUGAGAACGACUUUGAAGAGGACAUUGCCACGUUAAGAGCGUACCACUUGGUCGGCAUGGGAGUGAGUGACAACUUAUUUGAUAUGCAUCGACUGGUACAGUUCUCGACUAAGAAAUGGCUCGAACUGCAUGGUGAGCUGGGAAGGUGGCAGGAACGGUGUGUGGAUAUCUUAAGCGAGGCGUUUCCAACCGGAGAUUACGCGAAUUGGCGGACGUGUCAGGCGCUGUUCCCACAUGUGCAAGCGAUGGCAACGUACCGAGUGGACAGACCAGAUUCUGUCAAGGUUUGGGCGACGGUCCUGUAUCGAGGAGCGUGGUACGCUUCUGAGAGUGGACGGUACCGGGUGGCAGAGAGGAUGGCACAAGCGAGCUUAGAGGUCCGAGAGGAAGUAUUAGGCCUCGAUCACAUCCAAACUUUAGAUAGUGUGAACAAUCUGGCGGUGGCGCUACGAGAUCAAGGAAAGUACGAAGAGGCCGAAUCAAUGAAUCGACGGGCAUUGGUGGGGAGGGAGAAGGUGCUGGGGGUGGAGCAUCCCGAUACGUUGUGGAGUGUGAGCAAUCUGGCAUUGUACGAGGAGGCAGAAUCAAUGAAUCGACGGGCAUUGGUGGGGAGGGAGAAGGUGCUGGGGGUGGAGCAUCCUAACACGUUAACGAGCGUGAACAAUCUGGCAAGAGUGCUACGAGGUCAAGGAAAGUACGAGGAGGCAGAAUCAAUGAAUCGACGGGCAUUGGUGGGGAUGGAGAAGGUGCUGGGAGUGGAGCAUCCCGACACGUUGGGGAGUGUGAGCAAUCUGGCAUUGGUGCUACGAGGUCAAGGAAAGUACGAAGAGGCAGAAUCAAUGAAUCGACGGGCAUUGGCGGGGUCCGAGAAGGUGCUGGGAGUGGAGCAUCCCGACACGUUGACGAGUGUCUACUGCCUUGCGUACCUACUCAGUGCGAGGAAAAGUUUUCUUCAAGACGCUUUAGAUCUCUAUCAACGUGCUGUUUCGGGCUACGACAGGGUCCUCGGGGUACAUCAUCCGACCACUGCGGCUUGUCAAGCACCACAGGUUCGUCCUCGUGCCACUCUACAGAACUAUAUCAUGAUGUACAACAUGUACUGCAUCCGGAUCGUGCCAAAACAACAAUUACAGCCGACUGCGGGACGAAUCCUUGUCUCUCAUUUCUCCCCUCUUCCACCAGCUCUUCAACCAGUUUCACGACCGCCGUACUAUAUCAUACUGAAGAUGUCAUCACCCCCAGCCAGGUCUACGUACCUAGAUCCAUCAUUACGACUCAAAGAAGGUUGA